AUGGUUUAUUUUCGUUUUUUCUACAUUUCCUUCAGAGUUGAUUUACCAACACACCUGACUGAUGACAGUGAUAGCGACAACCCGAUCGAAUACAGAGAUGAUGAUACUCACUAUCGGAGCGCUCCCAGUACGUCACGUUUCGAUGAAGAGGAGGAGGAGGAUAUUCCCAUGGGAGGUCUUGCUGCGAAGGUUUUCCGUAAAGAUACGUUGGCCUUGCGACUUGAUGCACCGCCAUGUAGGGACGACAUCAGUGGCCAAACAGCAGAUGAUCGACGAACUCUGAUGCACAAUGCCUCGAUCAAACUUGCCCGUAAGUUGAGCGAACGUCCCACUGUUGAAGAGCUUGAAGAUCGAAAUAUCUUGAAAACAGCUGCUGUACGAUCGAUGGAAGAGAAGAGGAAGCUUUUGUUGAGAAAGCUGAGUUUUCGGCCGACAAUUGCACAGUUGAAAGAGCAGCAGAUUAUACAGUUCAAUGAUUAUGUUGAAGUUACACAGGCACAAGCUUACGAUAGGAAAGCUGAUAAGCCGUGGACGAGAUUGACGUCUACGGAUAAGGCACUCAUUCGUAAGGAGCUCAAUGAUUUCAAGGCUACCGAAAUGGAUGUGCAUGAGGAGAGCCGGAUCUUCACUAGGUUUCAUCGGCCGUGA